AUGGCAGGCUUGCCGUAGAAAGACUUGGGGGUCUGCAUGACAAAUCAGCGUCCGGAAUGGGGUACAGUCGUCUGGAAAGUUUGGGAGCCACAGGGCUAGGCAUUGGGCAUCUCGGUGCUUUAAAACCACCAGACGUGCCAACUCCCACGAACUGAUCACGAGAUAUGUGAUUUCUGAGUAAAAUUAAGCCUCAGUCAUGAUCAUACAAUGGAGUUCUAAAAGUGAGGCUUUAUUUUACGUAGAAAUCUGUCAGCCGCUCGGGGCAUGGCGGGGCCUCCCGCUGUCAGCUGGGGAAGCUGCUCCCCUGCCAUCCUGGGAAGUGGAAGAAGGGACCCCACUGCAGACCACACAUCAGGCCUGGGGAGCGUGAAGAACUCUUAAGGAGCAGAGCCUGCCUCUGGGCCUCUCCCUUUAUAGCUGGGAGCAGAGACCUCACUGAGCAUGUUCAGAUCACUCCAGCAGACUCAGUAACAGCGAGCAAAGUUGUCAGCUGGGGAAAGCAGGAAGAGUUUGUCCUACUGAUCAGUAUUGCACUGGUAAGUAACUCUACACUGCAGAAAUCCAGAGUUAAGGGGGUGAGAAACUCCCAAGGGGCUCUGGUGGGGGUGAACCCUGCUCCACAAGGAAACACUGGACUGCAAAGUAAUCCAGGGUAAAGUCACCCCAAAAAUUAGCCACGAGGCCUGUUCCAACUAGCCUUUCUGCUGCCCUUGACUGUUUCCCUUCUCUUGCUUGAGACAGUUUGUCAAAGAGUCAGUAAAAACCCGUUUCAGACUCCGCUCAGACCUGAUCUGGGUGAGGGCUGAUGAUUUGAAAUCAAUCCCCUGAAGUGUUACAGUGAAUCCCCAUACCCCCGCACCAUAAAAGGAGUUUUCUUUCUCCUGACACUAGCAUGUGAUUCCUGAAUAUUUCCUCCCCUUCUCACUGUGGCAUUUGGCCCCACUCACUGCAAUAGAGGGGAUUUCCAACUACCCAUCAAACAGCACUGGAUUUAAACGGAGCAUUAAACACAAAUCCCCUUGAUUCGCUGUCACUCUAAGCUGGGGAUGCCCCAAGGAUCCUGGAACUGCUGAGACAUUUCUCCCAGAUACGUGAGGAAGAGGCCAGAAAAAACAUUGGUGAUCCCGGCAGCCAUGGCCUCAGCGGCUCCUGUACAGGGAAUCCAAGAGGAAACCAUGUGUCCCAUCUGCCUGGAGUAUCUAAUGGACCCCGUGACCAUGGACUGUGGGCACAACUUCUGCCAGGGCUGCAUCAUUAACUACUGUGACAAAUGGGAAGAAUAUGGCCCCUUGGAGUGUCCCGUCUGCAGAGACCGGAUCCGGAAAGGGAGCCUCCGGCCCAACUGGCAGCUGGGAAAUAUAGUAAGGAAAAUUAGACAACUGGAAUUAAAUCCUAGCAAAGAGAAUCUGUGUGAGACACACCAGGAGAAACUCAACCUAUUCUGCGAGGAGGACAGGGAAGCCGUGUGUGUGGCUUGUUGGAGAUCUCCCCAGCACAGAUCUCACAAAGUGCUGCUCAUGGAGGAGGCUGCUCAGAAAUACAAGGAUCAAAUUCAGCUCCAUUUGCAGAGCAUGAUGAAAGAGAGAGAUGAGAUCCCGGCCGUUAAACUGAAUGAGGAAAAGAGACUCCUGGAACUGCUGGAGAAAAUGGAAGCCGAGAGGCAGAAGAUUGUAUCUGUAUUCAAGCAGCUGCGCCAGUUUCUGGAGGACCAAGAGCAACUCCUGCUGGCCCAGUUGGAAAAGUUGGACAAAGAGAUUAGGAAGAACCAGGAUGAAAACGCCACCAAAGUGUCCAAGGAGAUACCCCGUCUCAGCGAGCUGAUCGGCGAGAUGGAGGGGAUGUGCCGGCAGCCGGCCAGCAAAUUCCUGCAGGACAUCAGAAGCACCUUAAGCAGGUGUGAGAAGGGGAAGUUCCAGCAGCCAGUGGAGAUGUCUUCAGAGCUGGAAAAGAGACUUGGAGAGUUGUCUCAGAAUAAUAGUGUCCUCACGGAGACUCUGAAGAAGUUCAAAGACACUCUGCCGUCUGAACUGGAGAAAAAAAGAAGGGAAUCCCUAGGAUUGCACAGACGGGUGAACAUGACUCUGGAUCCAGACACGGCUCAUCCCGAACUCAUCGUGUCAGAGGAUGGGAAAAGUGCAAGAUGGGGAUUCACAGAAGAGGAUCUACCCAACAAUCCAGAGCGAUUUGACAUUUUGCCCUGUGUGCUUGGCUGUGACAGAUUCACCUCAGGGAGACAUUGCUGGGAGGUGGAAGUAGGGGGUGGGCGAUUCUGGGCUGUGGGAGUGGCCAGAGAGUCUGUGAGGAGGAAGGGAUGGAUCAGCCGUAACCCUGAGGGGGGGAUCUGGGCUGUGGAGCAGUGUGGAGAUCAAUACCAGGCUCUCACCUCCCCUGAGAGCUGCCUGCCCCUGAACCAGGCCACCAGCAGGAUGCGGGUUUCUCUGGACUGUGAACGGGGGCAGGUGACAUUUUUUGAUGCUGAGAACCAGGGCCUGGUUUUCACUUUCCCGCCUGCCUCUUUCACUGGGGAGAAAAUCCGACCUUGGCUCCAGGUGGGGAGAUCCCAGCUCAGACUGUGUCCCUAAGACACAGGGGGGAAAUAUCCCCCCUGAGAACCUGAAAUCAGCCUCUCUAGCCUCAGAUGUCCUCAUCUCCAUGACCCUGGUGCCUCCAUGGGGGACAAUGGAUCAUCAAAGCAUAGAGAGGAAGCAGCAAUGGAGAUGGAGACGUCAGGUUUUCCCCCUAUGGACUGUGCAGCCUAUUUCUCACUGUCCUCCAUAGUCAGGAAGACUGGGAUCCCAGCUCAGGCACUGAGACACUGAGGGAAAAGCCCACCGGGAAUUAAAAGAUGGGUUUCUUUAGCCACCAUCAUCCUAGUCUCCAUGACCUUGGAGGACUCCUGUCUCCCCAUUCUCCUGGCCCCUCCUCUCUCUGACCCCCUGGAAGUUCAUCCCUCUCCUUGCCAGUACUAGGGGUGAGAAAGGGAUGGGUGAAGAACCACUGAAACUGCAGGAAGUGCAGACGGGCUGUGAGGGACA